AUGGGCGCCCUGGAUCCUUAUUUGGUCCGCAAUCGCAUCAACAUGGAAGGCAAGAUGGGCGACACCAUUGACAAGGACUACCUGAAGUGUCAGUUCUGCGAAAGAACUUUCCGACGACAGAAGAAUCUGGAGAACCAUGUGGAAAACACUCACCAGGGGAAGGGACCGCUGAAGCCUCGACGGGACACAACCGACAUGUACUUCAAAUGUUCGCACUGUCCCUACACCACCAAACACCAGAGCAACCUCUACGUGCAUCUGAGAAUUCAUACAGGUGAGAGGCCAUACAUCUGUGGAGCAUGCGGAGUUCAGUACAGCCAAAGCCACAGCCUCAAGAGCCAUAUCAUCAAUAAACACGAAGGCAUUAUGUCAUACUACAUAAAGGAAAAACGAACUCGAUCUCCUCGAGGUAUGGGCUACCUGUCCGCCCAGGUCAUGCAUGACAACAACAUCUUCAAGCUGCCGGGACCCAUGAUGGGCUCGCCCAUGCACCACACCAACCUGGACAUCGUCAACAAAGCAUUGAGUUUGCGACAUCUGAGACUGCCAAGCACCAGCAACACUUUAAGCAGCAACAGCAUUUUUCACCACCUGGUGUUGAUGGCAGUAGUCCCAGAGCAUGGAACCCCCACUCCAAACAACACCUUGUUUAAUCCAUCAGGCGUAGGUCAUCACCCACCUUUCUUCAUGAACAGCCAUUCUCUAAUGUUUGGGGAGCUUCCUCAUCACCUUCGUAACCCCAGUCACAUUGGAAAUGGGCACCACCCUUCAGCACCUCAUCCAUUCCUUCAUGGAUUUCCCCAUUUUCCACCAAAUGGCUCCAUGGGUUUUCACGGAACUGCUAACUUGUCACCUCUUUCGGGUCUUUCACCCAAUUCCUCACCUGCCUCUUCAACUCCAAACUCCCACCACACACUUCCACCACACCUACAGCUUCCUGGCUCCCUUUCCAACCUGACACCAUCUCCUAUCCCACUCUUGCAGCAGCAGCAAAUUAAGAAAGAACCCCAGGCACUCCCAACAACUCCAGUGUCAUCCAAGCCCCGAGGCCAACUUGAUGAAGCCAUUGACCUCAGAAAGAAGUCUCCACCCUUGGACACCAAAGAACAGCAUGCACAUGAUCUCCACUCAUGUGGAGGCAAAGAAAACUGUGCCCAUGCUGCCAAGCUGAAGUAUUUACGCCUGAAUGUUGUACGAAUGUUGGGCAUUUUAGUACCCAAUUUAAACUUUGCAGAGAAAGGUAUCAGUGCGGAGUCUGAGUCUGUCGAUGAGCUUCUGCAGGAUGUUAUAGAAAGCAACACUCAUGAUGACGACAUAGACUGA